CCCUAACUUCAAUUCAAUUUUUUUACACCUGAAGUUGUCAAGUACAUAAAAUAAGUUCACAAAAAUUCUAUGGUUUCACAAACCCCUAACCUAAUGCUUUCUGAUAACAAAACAUAACCCCCAAAUAGAUAAUCUAUGAUAGUUAUAAACAUUUGACUUAGCCGGAUAAUUUAUAGGAUUUCCGAACAAUUUCCCUCGAAAUGGCUGGUGUAGACAUAGUUAUUGAGGAGAAAAAAGAUGAUGGAGUAGAUCGCCAAAGGGUUUGUCCUUUUCUACUGCGAGUAUUCGUUUCAAAUAACGGCCACCAUUCGAAACUAUCCGACUUCAAUAAAGGUAACACACCACAAAACGAACUUCAAAUUUACACAUGGAAAGAUGCCACACUUCACGAGUUAACACAAUUGGUCAAAGAGGUAAAUCCAGAGGCCAGAAGAAAAGGCACAAAAUUCAGCUUUGCUUAUGUCUAUCCAGAUGUGAGGGCACCUCUUUAUAGACUAAGAGAUAUUGGUGUGACUACAACAGGCAUUAAGGGACCCGAUGAUUUGAAAACUCUCAAUCAAGUUCGAUUUUCAAUAGGAGACUAUAUGGAUAUUGCAAUCACUCCACCCGACUCUUGGAAUUCUGGUAGAAAGGGAGGAUUCAAUAACCGAGCAAGACCCUACUAAUUUAUUUUAUGUGAAAAGUGUACUGAAGUGAACUAUUCAAGAAUUGAACCAUGUAUUCUUUGUUUUUUCUACAUAAGCACAUUUCUCCAUGAGUUAAAUUAGAAAGCAAUGUAUUAUAUUAAUAAACUUUCUUUAUUUCA